AUGGCUAGACCGUCUGUGCAAAAUAAAAGGUCCUCACAGUCCCUUUUCACUCCCAUUGCAAGCAAGGAGGCCGAUCUCAAGAUAGUAUUGCUUGGCGAAUCUGCGGUCGGUAAAUCUUCCCUGGUUACACGAUUUGCAUCAAACGCUUUUGAUGCAGAUAAAGAAAGCACUAUAGGUGCUGCCUUUAUUGUCAAGAAAUACUAUGUAACUGAUCCAGAAACAAACGAGGUGAAGCUAAUUAAUUUCCAGAUUUGGGACACCGCCGGUCAAGAGCGUUACCAAUCCCUGGCUCCAAUGUACUAUAGAAAUGCUUCUGUUGCCAUAAUAGUAUUUGACCUCACAGAUAUAUCCAGCUUGACGAAGGCAGAGUUCUGGAUAGCCGAAUUAGAGGCAUACAACAGAGAAGAACAUAAGAUACAGAUUCUACUAGUGGGCAAUAAGUCAGAUUUAUCCAAGAAUGAGAAUGACAAUCAAAUAUCGGAAACGGUUGAAAGGUUGAAGGUACCAUAUUUUAAGACAAGUGCAAAAGAAGGUACAGGAGUCGACGAAUUAUUCAAAUACAUUGUAGAUAGCAUAGAUGACGGUAUUUUUGUCGAGUCUCGGGAGACUUUGGAUUUGGAUCAGAAAAGCAAAAAGUCUAGUUGCUGUUAA